AUGGCUGAGCUAGCUAGCAUGUAUCCUGUCUCUGGCGGCCAAUACCACUGGUCUGCGUUACUGGCUCCCAAAAAGCAUGCUAAAUUCCUCAGCUGGCUCACCGGCUGGAUUUCAACCCURGGCUGGGAAGCCAGUGCCGCAACUGGAACGUACCUAGGAGCACAAUGCAUUCAAUCCAUCAUCGCCAUCAACGACCCCGAAUACCCGGCACCACGAUGGCAAGGUCUGCUAUUGAUUCUCAGCGUUCUAGCUCUGACACUCCUCAUCAACACCGUCCUAAUCAGGAUCCUGCCGGCUCUGGAAGGGGCCAUUUUGGUCUUGCAUGUUAUUGGAUUCUUUGCCCUUCUCGUUCCGGUUGUGCAUCUCGCGCCGAGAAGUCCGGACUCUUUUGUCUGGAAGGAUUUCAWUGUCUACUCGGGAUAUGCUCCGGGUCUUGCUUGGCUGGUUGGUCAAUCCAGUUGUGCGAUUCUGUUCAUUGGGUAUGAUGCCGCUUGCCACAUGGCUGAAGAAGUCGUCGAUGCGGCGGUGAAUGUUCCCCGGGCUAUGAUCAGUACCAUUCUUAUCAAUGGUGCUUUCGGGUUCGCCUCCUUCCUCAUCAUCCUGUAUAGCUUUGGCAAUCCCGAGGAUGUGCUUGCUUUUCAAGGGUUUCCUUUCGUGGAGAUCUUCCUCCAGGCUACCAAAUCUGCCAUUGGGACGAGUGUUAUGACUGCGAUGCUAUUGACAAUGUUUGUGUGUGCGACUUUUGGAGUUGUGGCGAGUGCGAGUAGACAGGCUUGGAGUUUUAGUCGGGAUGGCGGACUUCCUGGGUCCAGUAUUCUGAAACGAAUCGACUCCCGCUGGUCUAUCCCCCUCUAUACAAUUGCUCUCACAGGGGUCAUCGUCACGCUACUCGACCUCCUCUACCUCGCCAACGUCGUGGCCUUCAACGCCGUCGUAUCCCUCACCACAAGCUCCAUCCUCACUUCCUACCUCAUCCCCAUAUGUCUGAUGAUCCUUCGAAGAAUCCGCGGCGAGAAGAUCCCAUUCGGACCCUGGAGGCUUGGGAAAUGGGGAAUGCCCAUUAAUAUUUUCGCGGCAUUGCAUACUUUUGUCACGGUGGUGUUUAGUUUCUUCCCUCCGGAUGUUAGUGAGGGGAUUUCGACAAGGAAUAUGAGUUAUUCGUGCUUGGUUUAUGGAGGGGUGAUUCUUUUGGGGGUGGCGUAUUAUGGUGUUGUUGGGCAUAAAUGGUAUCAGGGACCUUGUUUGGAUGUGAAUUUGGAGGAUUGA